UCGGUUCACAGACACCAGAGAGCCACCAUGCUGUGGAAGCUAGUGGAGAAUGUCAAGUAUGAAGAUAUUUAUGAGGACCGGCAUGACGGCGUCCCGAGCCACAGCUCGCGCCUGUCCCAGCUGGGCUCGGUGUCACACGCAGGACCCUACUCCAGCGCGCCCCCUCUCUCCCACGCGCCCUCUUCGGACUUCCAACCUCCGUAUUUCCCGCCACCUUAUCAGCCGCUCGCUCACUACCAGAGCCAGGACCCUUAUUCGCAUGUGAGCGACCCGUACUCCCUGAACUCCCUGCACCAGACCCAGCAGGGGGCCUGGGGGUCGCGGCAGCGGCAGGACACUAGCGGGGAGCGCAUGGACAGCUCCUCGCUGCUCGCCCAGCCCCGGGCCUCGCUGCCUCAGCUGUCCGGGCUGGACCCACGGCGGGACUAUGGCGGCGUGCGCCGGCCUGACGUGCUGCUUCACUCGGCUCACCCGGGACUAGAGCACAGCAUGGGGGACGGACUGCUGCACGGCCUGCACAGCAUGGAGGACCAGGCUCUGGAAGACAACAACGGAAUGAACAUUCUGGAUCAAUCAGUAAUUAAGAAAGUGCCGAUGCCACACAAGAACAUGGGCUCUCUGAUGCUUGGCAAGGACGGCCUGAUGGGCGGAGUGACCGUGAGCAUCAACGAGGUGUUCUGCUCGGUGCCCGGACGCCUGUCGCUGCUCAGCUCCACCUCCAAGUAUAAAGUCACCGUCGGGGAGGUGCAGAGGAGACUGUCGCCGCCCGAGUGCCUCAACGCGUCCCUGCUGGGUGGCGUGCUAAGAAGAGCCAAGUCCAAAAACGGAGGCCGGUCCCUCAGGGAGAAGCUGGAGAAGAUCGGACUGAAUCUGCCCGCCGGGAGACGCAAGGCUGCUAACGUCACUCUGCUGACGUCUCUAGUGGAAGGUGAAGCCGUCCACUUGGCCCGGGACUUCGGCUAUAUCUGCGAGACGGAGUUCCCGACCAAAGCCGUGAGCGAGUACCUGAACCGGCAGCACGCGGACCCCAACGAGCUCCACACGAGAAAAAACAUGCUGCUGGCCACCAAACAGCUGUGUAAGGAGUUCACAGACCUGCUGGCCCAGGACAGGACUCCGCUGGGGAACUCGCGGCCGAGCCCCCUGCUGGAGCCGGGCAUCCAGAGCUGCCUCUCCCACUUCUCCUUCAUCACGCACGGCUUCGGCUCGCCGGCCAUCUGCGCCGCGCUCACCGCCCUGCAGAACUACCUCAGCGAGGCCCUGAAGGGGCUCGACAAGAUGUUCCUCAGCGGCAACAACAACAACAACAACAACAACGGCGGCAGCGGCGGCAACAAUCGCCACGGCGACGGGAACAAGGGCAUCGACAAGGCGGAGGAGAAGCAGCGGAAAUGA